GGACACACCCCAUUUCCUCCGCCCCGGGCGGUCCCGCCCCAACGUGUCUUCCUCCACUUACGACAGGACUAUGAACUGAGCGUCGGACUCUUCCCUCUGCGAGACAGGAAUGUCGCAAGGUUGGGAAAGAAAACUGGGUUUGCGACCUUAGGGCGCACUUUCCGGCUAAUCAGAGGCGCCUGAAGGCUGGUUGGGGUGGUGAGGCCCGAGGCAGCUUCAGGGACUUCUGAGCAGCCCCAGUCAGUACAAGAUGGACCCCGUAGUCCUGAGUUACAUGGACAGUCUCCUGCGGCAAUCCGAUGUCUCACUGCUGGACCCGCCAAGCUGGCUCAAUGACCAUAUUAUUGGGUUUGCCUUUGAGUAUUUUGCCAACAGUCAGUUUCGUGACUGCUCUGACCAUGUCUGCUUCAUCAGCCCCGAAGUCACCCAGUUCAUCAAGUGCACUAACAGCCCAGCAGAAAUCGCCAUGUUUCUCGAACCCCUGGGUCUCCCCCGUAAGAGAGCUGUGUUUUUAGCCAUCAACGAUAACUCCAACCAGGCAGCUGGGGGAACCCACUGGAGUUUGUUGGUUUAUCUCCGAGAUAAAAAUAGCUUUUUCCAUUAUGAUUCCCACAGCAAAAGCAACUCCACCCAUGCAAAGCAGGUAGCAGAGAAACUAGAGGCCUUUUUAGGUAGAAAAGGAGAAAAACUGGUCUUUGUGGAGGAGAAAGCCCCUGCUCAGCAAAACAGCUAUGACUGUGGGAUGUACGUGAUCUGUAACACUGAGGCCUUGUGCCAGAGCCUCUUUAGGCAGCAGCCGGACUCCCUGCUGCAGCUGCUCACCCCCACAUACAUCACAAAGAAGCGGGCAGAAUGGAAGAACCUCAUUGCCCGGCUUGCUAAGAACUAGCUACCAAUACUUCGUGACUUUGGAAUCCUCCUCUUUCUGCCCUUCCUCACUUAUUGGAUGGCUGCAGUCUCAGUGCCUGAGGGAAGAUGCCUAGAAGAGAAACCUCAUUAUUUUUUUUAAAGGAGCUCAUCCUUUUCAUUAUCCCAGUGGAAAAUUUCCCUUUAACCUUGACUUGAGAGCAAUAUGUUCUGUGAAAAUUGUCUUCAAAUUAUGCACCAAAACCUUAACAUUUAUUACAUAUGUGCUUCAAUAAGACUGGUCUUAUUGGUACAAGGUUAAUUCCCUUUUGGUCUCCCUUUUCCACAUUGACUUAUUCCAGAGGAAAAGCAAUGAUCUCUAAAGUAAAGACUACAUGAAAUCUAGAGGAAUGCAAAGACAAAAACUAUAGGAUAACCAAAAACGUGUUGCACGGCCUACAUAAUUGAACAUGUCAACCAGCUGGAAGCAGAUCAAGGCCUAACCUGAUUUAAAACCUAAAUAUUAGGUUGGGCAUGGUGGUGAACUUCUGUAAUCCCAGCACUUGAGAGGCUGAAGCAGGAGGAUCACAUGAGUUCAAGGCCAGCCUGGGCCGCGUAGUGAGACCCUGUCUCAAUGAAAAAAAAGAAUCUAAAUAUUACAAGAACCAGUCAUUCACUUCUGUGAGCAGAAUCUUUGCAGAUAUCAGAGAAAGCUGACGUUAGCCAGUCUCCCUGUAUGUAAUAGCGGGGAGGCUUGGAGUGCGGGAAACCGUAACUUCACUGAAGCGGCCGCAGUGGCCUUCUUCCGUGAGUGGUCAGUUCGCAGCUAUAGACUGGUAACAGCUCUUUGCCUUGUCUAUUUGCCAUGCACAUUUUUUUAACAUAAAGGAAGAAAAGUGACCUUUCUCACCCCUUUCACUGAAGUCAAAAUGCAGACUAUGUAAUUUUUUAAAUGCGGAACUAAGGGUAAAAAGAAACUAUCCCACUGAAA